GUCUCUUGGAGAUUUUUGCUACUUAUCACAGGGAAGAAAGUAAGGGGUGAUUUUCCCCAAGAGCAGACAAGAUUUUGUAUUCUACAGUGUGGGGCUCUCCCACCCGAGGGAUGCAGUUUACAGAUUAUGUAUUUGUUUGGUGUUUGUUUAUUUGAUUGCAGAGUAACAGGGAGGUGGACCCAAAUAGGCCUUUUCUGGACAAAGACCUUGGCUAAUUGAAAGAAUCUGACUAGAUUGUCUGUGAGGCUGUGCAAAAAAGGGGGUCAGGUAGGUCUGCUGAGACCAGAGGCCGGAGGGUGGGUUUGGACAACGACCACCCAGAAAUAACCAAGAAGACAGAGGUGACAGAGGCCUCUCUCUAUUUUUCCUGGCAAAAUCCAUGGGAAGGGAAGACAGCCAUUUGCCUUUGGAGGAUGGGGCGAGAGCGAUAUCAGAUUUGGGUUGAUCUUGGCAAGUGGAAGCUUGGAGCCAGAUAGGAAGAUUUACAAAAAUAAGAAAAUGUGGUAUUUUUUAUACUUUGAGGAUUGAGAAGCAAUUCCUUCCCCUUACAGUCAACAUUUGUCUUUCUGCUCUUCAGCACAACUCCUCCUGUGAGUGGACUAGUUUUCUCUGGGUCCCUCUGUCUCGUUUUACUGCCUCGGUGCCCCCAGGUUGGCAGCAGCAGCUAGGUGCCCACGAGCUGAUGCCUACAGACUUAUAUUGCCUUAGCUCCUAAGUCAGCAUCUCCCAAAGCCAAGGACACUAUCCUUUGGUGAGCAGUGGAAUGAUCGCCCCCAGUCUGGGAACCAGCUGUGUCUGGUUCCUAAAAGGCUCCCCGAGUCUUCAUGCUGUCCUUCAAGAAUCUGAGAAUUACCAUGUGACCCAACAAUCCCACUCCUAGGCAUACACCCGAGAGAACUGAAAACAUAUGUUCACACAAAAGCCUGUACAUGAAUGUUCGUAGCAGUAUUAUUCCUAACAGCUAAAAGUUGGAAACAGCUCAAAUAUCCAUGAACUGGUGAAUGAAUAAACAAAAUGUGAAAUAUUUAUUUAAUGGAAUAUUAUCCAGUCAUAGAAAGGAAUAAAGUACUGCUACACCCUACAACAUGGAUGAACCUUGAAAAAAAUUACACUGAGUGAAAGAAACCAGACACAGAAGGACAUAUCGUCUGAUUCCAUUCCUGUGAAAUAUUGAGAAUAGUCAAAUCCAUGGGGAAAGAAAGUAGAUUUGAAGUUACCAGCAACUAAGAAGGGGGGAAAUUGGGAGGAACUCCUAACAGGCCCUGGGUUUCUUUUUGGGGUGAUGGAAUUAUUCUGGAAUUCGAUAGUGGUGAUAGUUAUACAAUGUCAUGAAUAAAAACCACUGAAUUACACUCUAUAAAGUGGUGAAUUUACUGUUAUAGGAAUUAUAUCUUACUUUAAAAAGUUAAGAUUCUAAAGAAGGAGGAAGAGGAGAAUGGGUUGGGGAAUAAUCCAUUAGCCUUGAUCCAUAGCCUCCCCUUCUUGGUGGCCCAGUGUGACACGUUACCCUCCCAUCCUGAGGGUUCACUGUCUGCUCCCCUCCAGAGGACAGCCGAUGGCUGAAGACCCAGCUCCCAGGUAUCAUCUCUCCUGACCCCACAGCCCUGUCCUCAACUCCAGCUUUGCCCUGAGUGGUGGCUGCUGACCAAGCUCCCCAGCCCUGUAAGCGACCCUCUUAUUUGACGGCCCCAAACAAGCUCCCAUCUGAGUCACCCUUGAGGUGUGGACACUGUACCGCAGGGAUCCAACUCUUCUGCAUCCAGGUCAGUUCCUUUGGCCUGAGAAAACAGGUCUUGGACUUUGUUCUCAGAAAUAAAUAUACCAUAUUGUUAUAGGUGGAAGUGUGUCACCCCAAAAAGAUAUGUUGAAGUCCUAAGCCCCACUAACCCAGAAUGUCACCUUAUUGGAAAUAGGGUCUCUAAGAGGUCACCACGUGAAAAUGAGGUCAUUAGGAUUAGGGUGGGUCCUAAUCCAAUACGACUGGUGUCCAUAUAAAAAGGAGAAAUUUGGACACAGAGGGAAGACGAGGUGAAGACACAGGGAGAAGCCAGCCACGUAACUGCAGUGACGCACCUACACACGCAGGAGCACCAAGAAUUGCCGGCAAACACCAGAAGCUAGAAGAAGCAAGGAAGGAUCUUCCCCUGGUGCCGUCCAAGAGAGCAUGGCCCUGCAGACACCUGGAUCUCGGACUCCUGGCCUCCAGAAGAUCAGAGGACCAAUUCCUGCUGUCAUUAAGCCACCUAGUUCUUGGUACUUUGUUAAGGCAGCCCUAGCAAAAGAAUACACAUACAAAAGCACAGGGCUGUUUGGGUGUGGAUGGCAGAGAUUCACAUGUUUCUAAAAGAAGAAACCAUCAGUACUGCUCAUAAAAAGGAACAAACUACUGACGCAUAGCAACUUGAAUGGAUCUCAAGGGAAUUAUACUGAGUGAACAAAGCUGACCUCUACAGGUUACAAACUGUAUGAUCCAUUUACAUAACAUUAUUCAAAUGACAAGAUUACAGAGAUGGAGAAAAGAUCAGUGGUUGCUAAGGCUUAGGGAGAAGGUGAGAGUGGAAGGUGGCUGUGACUAAAAGAGUAGUAGUGGGAGGGAUGCUUUUGAUAACUGUUCCCCGUCUUGACAGUGGUGGUCACAGACACCUACAUAUGUGAUGUGUGGUGCCCAGAACUGAAUACACACGCUCCAUUGAGUGCACGGAAAACGGACUAAAUCUGCGUAAGGUCUGGGGGUUGCACCAAUGACAUUCCCUGCCUGUGCUGUUGUACUGGAGUUAUUCAGGAUGUUACCACUGGAGAACAGAUGGAGACCCGAGCCCAGAGACGACCCAUCCUGCCUAAUUUCACUCCCAGAACUGGGGAUUUCUGAUUGUGCGUCCCGAGCUUUCUCACUGCACACUCGCUUCUCAAUAAUGUCAGGCUUAACUGGAGAUCCCAAGAAAGAAAAAACGCCACCUGCAAAGCAGCAGCUAGCCGAAUCGUCUAAGGCACAGAGGUGAAUAACUGUCGGUCCUCCCUCCCACGCCCGCUUCAAAUAGUUUAAAUGUUCUUGGGGAAGAAAGAUGCAGCAGGAGUAAGAAAAGUGGCCGUGCCGGGAGCCAGGCAAGGUUCGGGACAGGCGGCCUGGGCUUCGUUCCCGGUCUGGGCCUGGGCGCACCGGUCAGGUGACCGGGCCAGCCGCGCCGCGGCGAUAUCCCCGCUGUCACUCAGCGUCACCGGCCCAGACCAGCGGGACGCGCGGCAACUCGUUCGCCAGCUCCUGGUCCAGGACCUUCGAAGUCGGAGCAACAGGCAGAGACAAGCGAGGCGAGGUGACCGAGUGGAGCCGAAGCCAGGUGUGACGCCCACCGGCCGUGUUUACGGGAACUAGUCUGCUUCCCGAAAGCUUCUCCCACUCGUCGCGGGGACACACGACGGAAUGGACUGAUGGGGUCACCAGGGGCGAGAAGGGCAAAGCCGGGGAGGACCCCGGGCCUCCUCAGGGCACAGUCCGGGUCCCCGUCCCGCGCUGCCGGUGGCGUUGCGGGGACCGGGCGGCGGCGCGGGGGUCAUAGGGUCUUUUUCCAGGGGAGGGGGUGGGGAUGCUGAGUCACGGGUCUGUCACCGCUUCUCACCUCUCCAGCCCUCGGGGGCUAAAGCAAAAGCGAAAGCGAAUGCGGCUCGCGGGGCGGCCGGUCUCGGAGCUGCGCCCGCCGCCUGCUCCCGGGCAGUGGACAUCUGAGCGCGCGAGCGGCGGGGCGUCGCGUCCGGGGUGAGCCCGGGAGGAGGCCGGCGGGGGCGCGGCCGAGGUCGGGCCAUGUCGGGGCAGCUCCGGGGCUGCGGAGUCGGCGCCCUCCCCGCGCUGCUGCUGCUGCUGCUCGGACCGCCGGCGACGCCGGGCAUCACAUGCCCAACUCCCACAUCUGUGAAACAUGCAGACAUCUGGGUCAAGAGUUACAACCUCAACUCCAGGGAGCGGUAUGUUUGUAACUCUGGCUUCAAGCGUAAAGCCGGGACCUCCAGCCUGACCAAGUGCGUGUUUAACAAGACUGUGAACAUCGCCCACUGGACCACUCCCAAUCUCAAGUGCAUCAGAGACCCCUCCCUGACUCACCAAAGGCCACCCUCCACAGCAGCACCGACAGGGGUGACCCCAGAGCCAGACAGCCCCAACCCUUCUGGAAAAGAGCCAGCUUUUACUUCCAGGUCAGACACCACAGUGGCCACAAGGCUGGCUACUGGACCAGGCUCCAGGCUGAUGCCAUCCAAAGCUCCUUCUGCGGGGACCACAGGGGUAGUCAAUAAUGAGCCCUCCCAAGUCCCAGCUCAGACAACAGCCAAGGCUCCGGAACACACCCCCUCGGCCUCGCAGGACCCGCCCGGUGCAUAUCAGUACAAUCCCAGAGCUGUGACUGCGGCCAUCUCCACGUCAGUCGCCGUGCUCUGUGGAGUGUGCGUGGUAUGUCUUCUGGUACGUUACGUACGUUACAUACGGUCAAGGCAAGCUUACCAGAUACCCAGUGUUGAAAUGGAAAGCAUGGAGGUCGUGCCAAAGACUGGGGGAACCGACGCCAGAGGGGAGGGCACAGAAAACGAACCACACGACCUAGGAGGCUCCAGGGGACGCCAAGGACAGCAAAGGCCACAGUGAAGGCCCAGCUCUGCUCCAGCCAAAGAGGACCUAGAGAAGCCUUGGGGCGGCGGCCUCGGGGAAAAGCCCGCCAGGGUGAGAAAACAUCCUGGUACCAUUUUACCGACUGGCCAGCUCAGGCACCGCCCGUAUGAGUGGGUUCUCUGGGUUCAGGACGGACACUCGCUCCCUGCCCUGAGGCAUAGGGCCCAGUCCCCAAAGUCCCAGCGGUCGACACUUUCCCAGGAGAGAAUGAAGGUCUCAGGUCUUCCUAUCAGGGCUUUUAUUUCAUCAUGACAUUUAUUCAGGACAGCUUAUCCACUCGACUCUCUCUCCCAUUCCUCACCCGGACCUGCAGUUUACAAAGAAAAGAAAUACGCUCGAAGCUCCAAGUGAAUUACGAGGCUCCUCCUGGCUUGGGAGAUGUUUACGAGGAUGACACCAGCAUUUCAGCUCCUAAAACCUCUCUCUCAGCUAGGUGCUCUGCACACAUUGAAAGGGAACAGAGAGAUUGUG